UUGCAUUGGGAGCGAUUGUAGGUUAUGUUGUGGAUGAAAAACGUUUGUUUUUGUGAGGAGAACCGGGGAUUAGUCGGUUCAAAUCCCUCCGCAAUGACUGCGAAUUGAAUUAGCGGGGUGAUCAUUAAGUGCGGAUUAAUUAGAUUCUGGAUCUUUUGAUCGAGUGGCUGAUGACAUGUGUUUGUGCGAUGACACGACGCACACUCGGGUCUUCCUCAGGUGUUCAAGUGGUUUUGUGUACGUGGUGGAACCCCAGCGGGGCGGCCUAUUGUCACGUUUCCUUCGCAAUUAACUCUUCAUAGCGGGGGAGGCAAUUGGAUUUUUUUUAUUCUUAGUCUUGAUUCAUUGUGGAUUGAGCCACUGGUUUGUUGACGUCAGCAUGACUGUAGAGGAUUUUUAAUCAAAUAGGCGCAAUUGUGAUGAUACAAUGCGCGAGAUUAUUGGAGGAUUCGAUGUUUGCGGAGAGAGAUGGGGAGUGCGAUCAGAUUGAAUGGAGGGACCCAUGGCUAGCGCUCCUCCUCGUCUUUCACGUUGCGGUUACCAUGACUGCCUUAAUGACACGAAAUCACGCCAACUUCCAAAUAUUGUUAUUCCUCGUACUACUUUUGCUCGUCUACUUCUCGGAGAGUAUCAAUGAAGUGGCCGCGAGUAAUUGGAGGGUCUUCUCGAGGCAACAGUAUUUCGAUUCUAAGGGUCUAUUUAUAUCCAUCGUAUUUUCCGUGCCGAUAUUGAUGAAUUGUAUGAUAAUGGUGGCAAGUUGGCUAUACCAAUCCAGUCAAUUAAUGACUAGUUUGAAGAGGGCACAAUUGCGUCAACAGGCGAAAAAUCGACAGGGUGAAAGUGACACGACAACACCGAAACUCAAGCCAAAGGCAGAGUGAAAAUCAUCAUCGCAAAAUCUAGUCAUGUUCAUUUACAAGAAUAACGAUUUCUACGAUUAAGUGUUGAAUACUAACGUAAGUGGACGAGAUAGAUCAUCGUUUCGAUGGGACUUUGAGCGUUAAUUCUCGUCUGGUUGUCAAGAGUUUUCAGUAAAAAAGGAGUUCACCAGGAUUGCAGAUUUUUUCCUCCCUUUUUUUAUCGAGAAGUGAGUGAAGGCGAUUGGUAGAUGAGGAAAACUAUGUGACUUAUUAAUUAUUAAUCAAUCGGCACUAUUAGACUGUAUAUGAUGUUUGUACAUUUUUUAAAAAGCCUAUUGUUGCAUAAUAUUUGUAUGAUAAUCAAAACGUCGAGCUCGUCUUAUUUCGAGUAGUCAAAAUCUCUGAAUGUGAUUUUUUCAAAUUUUGUUCUCCAAAUUUUGGGAUUUUGAAGUGAAGUUGUCAAACGUUGUGAGGAAAAUUCAGCAUUUUAAUCAUAUACAUGGAUUUAUGUUGUAGAGGCCCUAGGGAGGAAUGUGGAAGAAUUUUUUUUGUAGGAAAUUCAAUUAAUUAACAAAAAUAUCUUCAUAGUUUCUUUUAGAACCACUCGUCAUCGAGAUAUUUUAAUAUUUAACAUGAAAAAGAAAUCCUCCAAUUGUGAAAUGUGAGAUCUUUUUUGUAGGAAAUCUAAUUAUUUAGAAAAAUGCGAUGUUGCCAAUUUAAAUGACCGACUAUCGAGACAGUUGUGUAAUUCUUUGAUGCGAUAUCAAAAAAUAAAAAUGUUAAAUAUGAAGAUAUCUCAAGAACGAAAGCUGUUAUGAAAAUAUAUCAGAAAGCCUUCUGUCAUUCCUUUCUGAGACUUCUCUUUAACGAGCUAAUUUAAUAUUUAACAUGAAUAGUUUGAAAAGAACUCUUAAUUGUACAUUUAUCUCAAGAACAGGUGAUUUUACGAGAAAAUGUGAAAA